UCCCCACUAUUUGCAAGCCGCCUUCGAUUCUAAGUGCAGCUUUCUUACAACUAAGAUGCUCAAAUGUUUCUUAAACUCUAAAUCAUAGAUAAGUACGGGAAAAUGGACGCAAUUUUCGGCACGGCUACGAGAGGCGCUAAAAAAAUUGAAAAUUUUCCCGAAAGUUCCUCGUGAGCGAGAAGUGCGAAACCUUUGAGGUUAAAGUGCGGGUGGUGCGAAAAUGUGCGGGAAUGAACUUGAACCUCGUCUUUAAUUGAUCAGUACUGAAACGUUAAGUACAAUAGCGGACCUUAAAAAGGGUAAAACAAAUUAAGAAAACAGCUGUCGUGUAAAAAAAAAGGAAGAGUGAGACGGAAUAUCGCCCCUUUUAACACUACAACUAAAACGUGGUUCCUCCUUAGUAUUAAUCUAGUCGUCUGAUGAAACAAAACAUAGUCGACGAGGCCUACUUUGAUUUAGUGCAAUAUUGACGACAGCGUUUUUUAGCGAAAAAAAAACAAAAUCCUGUAAAGUACAAACGCGUGCACGAGACGCUGCACGAAAAUAGCCGCCGCAAGAAUCGGCCGAAAUUCCCUUUGAGUGACCGAAAAUCGUAAAAAUUUUCACCACGGAGGACCAAACGUUAUUAAACAACAUUAAAGUCGAACAUGAAAAUCUCGUAGCAAAGUGGCUACAAAACUCAUUCAAAAUUCAAGAGAACGCCGCACUAGACUUGCGAGCGACUCCGUUAAGCUUACAAAUACCAUCGAUGACGGACGUCAAAAAUCGGCCGGUCUUCAACAUGACCAACGAUUUCUGGAACCAGGCGCGCGGACCUCCCCAAAGCAUGGCCCAAAAUUUGUCGAAUUCGAAUCAAAAUUCGCCGGUACCCGGCUCGACAAACUCGAUACCGGCACACUCGCCAUCGCAGCAAAGCAACAACAGCAGCCAAAAUCACGUCAUCACCCAAGGAGCGCUGGCACUACAGCAGGCCCACGCUCAGCAACAACAACAGCAGCAGCAGCACACGCAAAUGCAGCCGCAAACAGUCCAGACACCAAACCAAAACUCGCUCGCGCCAACACAAAACAACUCGCAACCUCAGCAACAACAGCAACCGCCGACGAACAACCAGCAACAGCAGCAGCAACAGCAGCAAAUGGGCAGCCCGCCACCGCACACCCAGCAGGCACACGCCCACGCGCUAGCCCAGCAGCAGCUCGCCCAGCAAAUGUCCCAGCAGCAGCAACAUCUGCAAAACGCGCAUACGGCGGACAACAAGAUGAGCGAGAAGUUCGUUAACGAAUUACAGCUGCCGGAUUUCAAUCAACUGCAGAGGAACUCGACCUCUACGAUAUCGGAGCGCACUCUGGAAGAAUGUUGGACGACUCUCCAGCGAAUUUUCAUGCAGAAGACCGCAAUGCACAUGCAUGCGAGGGAGUUGUCAGGUCGGUCGGAUGUAAAACCACACCAGUGUCAGCAGUGUUUAAAAUCCUUCAGUAGUAAUCACCAAUUGGUCCAACAUAUUAGGGUUCACACCGGUGAAAAGCCUUACAAAUGUUCCUACUGCGAUCGAAGAUUCAAGCAGCUUAGUCACGUUCAGCAGCACACAAGACUGCAUACGGUCAAUCGUUCGAAGAUAGAGGGACAAAUUUCAAAUAAACCCAAAACGUGCGGUGAACGUCCUUACAAAUGCCAUCUGCCCGAGUGCGGGCGCGCGUUCAUACAGCUAUCAAAUUUACAGCAGCACCUUAGAAAUCACGACGCUCAAGUAGAAAGAUCGAAAAAUCGUCCAUUUCACUGUAACAUAUGCGGCAAGGGUUUCGCGACCGAGUCGAGCCUAAGAACGCACACCUCCAAAGUAAGCCAUGCCGCACUAAUCGGAGGUCCGAACGCUACAUCCUGCCCGCUCUGUCACAAAAUGUUCCUCGGCGGCGAGGCGCUCAUGGAACACAUGAAGCACACGCACAAAGAUCCGAACGCCUCAGGUGUUGCCACGAAGAGGAGGACGGCGAACCAUCCUUGUCCCGUAUGUGGAAAACAUUAUGUCAACGAAGGAUCUUUAAGAAAACAUCUCGCGUGCCAUCCUGAGACUUCUCAAUUUUCCAGCUCUUUGAGAAUGUGGCCAUGCUCUGUAUGUCAGGCUGUUUUCACGCACGAAUCAGGGUUACUGACGCACAUGGAGCACAUGCGCAUGGAUCCGAAGCACCAGUUCGCCGCGCAGUACGUGCUGUCGCGCGCCGCCGCCGAGAGGAGAGAACGCGAGACGCUCCUCGCCGCCGUGUCCGCCGCGUCGGCCGCUUCCAGCAGCGGACUGCUCGGCCUAACCGGAAUGGGACAAGCGAGCGGCAGCCCGAUGUGCGCGUCGCCGAGCGCGCACAGCGACAGCUCCUCGGGCAACGGCAGACUAUCGUCGGCCGGGUCGGAGGCCGGCGGCAUGAACAAUAAUAACAACAAUUGUAAUCCGAAGCUCGGCGAUAUACUUAGAAGUAACAACGGCUUGCACCAGCAGUACAAUGUCGAGGAGCAACUGCACAACGCGAAUCGCAUGGCGGUCAUCGCGAAUAUGGUCGGACAGGGCGGCGUGCCGCCCGGUCUCGGCUCGGAUUCGUCGGCUGCCGCCAAUAUCGCCGCCGCCAACAUUGCAAAUUUGGCUAUGCGUCUUGGUGUCACACAGGCAAGUCAAGUGAACAACAGCAGUAAUCCGUCAACGCCGCCCAUAACAAAUGAAACACUAUCGGCAUCGGUGACCGCAAUGAACGCGAUGAGGGCUUCCAUGGAUAGUAUACGUAAUAUGGAUGCCGUUAGAUCAUCUGUUAUGGACAUGUCGUCGCCGCCUCAGCAGCCGCAGGACGCGCUCAGGAUGCAGCAGCACGCCGAGGCGCUGCUCAGAUCGCAAGCCGAGGCCGCCUUACGACUAGCGAUGAGCCAAGAAAUUUUGAAACAGGCGCUUCCGCAGUUAAACCAGCAGGAACCGAGCAAUCCGCUCAGGCACAACGGCAACUACCAGCCGCACCAGAGCCAAUCGUCGCAGCAGCUCAGUCCGGAUUUAACGGAGGCGCUGCGCCUGCAGGAGCAGAGACUGGAGCAGGCGCUACGCUUGCACGGUAGCGAUCCGCGAUCGCUGGGUUUUUCGCUAUCGGGCCAGCAGCAGAAUCAGCAACCAUGAAAUUUCAGUUACUACUGAGCGCACGAAACGUAGUCUCCUCCUUGUCUACUUUACUUUCUUUGUUUUCAUUUUAAAAAUGUGCCAAACUGUUUCAUGCGCUCAGUAAACAACCAAUGGCUACGCCAUGUUAAAUCUUAAUUAAUUAAAUGCACUUUAAAAGUGUAAUUACAAACUAAUGUAUAGUAAUUAUAAAUAAGUGUUAUAUACAAGCCUAAAGAUACAUGUUAGGGUACUUUUACGUGUUACUUACGUCAUUUUUUUAGGUUAGGUGUACAUAGUUACGAAGAAGAUAGUCUUGUGCGAAUGAUUAGUAUAAUAUUAUAAUACGUAAAUUUUACUUUUUUGAUUCUGUGAUGAUUUUCUUUUGUUUUUUUUUGUUUUUUUUUAAAAGAAACAAGCUGGCCGGUUCAAAUGUAAAAUACGUAGCAAUAAAAACAAAGAGUUUCUUUUCGAAUUUGUUGCAAUUGUUAAAGCUGUGAUUUGAUGUAGAAAAGAUUUAUUUUUAAAGCAGAGAGCGAAAACAAAAAUUGUAGUUUUAAAUUGUGCCAGAAUCGGCAUUUUUGCACAAAUGUAUGAAUGUUUGAUGGUAUCCUCUUUUGUUUGUUUUGUUUUAAGUUGAUGUGGUUUUUCAUUAUUUACCACUGGCGGUGUUUCCGCGAUCGAGUGGAGUCGUUGCCAGUGGUUUAUAUGUAUAUAUGCAAUAGUUGCUUGUACAUACGCAUGUUUAGACUAAUGGCGCUUGUGGGCAAGGUUCGAGCGCCUAGGCGUCCGAGCGUUGCCCAGAAGUGCGUCCGUCACUGUAUUCAAUAGCCAUAGCACAACAAUAGUUACAAAAGAAUCAAUAGUCAUACUCCAAUUUCCCAAAAGAAUGACUAAACGCCUGAAGCAAACUUCUCGCGGUCUUAGACGAGACAACCACUGAUUAUGACGACAAUAGUAAUACAUUACGCAAUAGCCCGGUUGCACUAAGUGCUACAAACAUUUUGCCCACAACAGUAUAUAAAUAAAAAAAACAAUUAGCAAUAGCCCAAACAUGAGCGGGCUCUGCACUCUGCCGAGGAAGCCCAUCCCCGACAGUCAGCAGAGUCGGCUAAUGUAUUCAAACCUUUAGAUAGCCCUUCAAAAGUAAUUUUCAUAAAUAUUCGAGUCUAAUGCCCGAACGGACGAAAUAUUUAUCGUAAAAUUACGCCAAAUUUCUUUGCAAUAGUCUCCAUAUACAAACAGUUUAAUAUUAAAACAGGUUUUCAUUUCAAGCAUUUUUCAAAUUGUUUCCAUUAACGACUGUCGCCUUUUGGUAGCGGAAGCGGUUAAAAAAAAUAGACGGCGCCCCACCCCAUCGUUAUCGCUUCACUAGAGACCUCCUCGGCUUCGUAGUUCAAAAAACCAAGAAAACUACCGCUACCUCCACCAAACCGAGCCAGUCUCUUUAUUUCCAAACGAACAAUAGCCCAAACGCCUAGGCGCAACGAGCCUAGGCCAUACAAAAACUUUCGGCCUCCACAUUUCCGUUCGAAAUUCGAAGUUUCGUUUCUCAACACUCAGCAAGAGCGACCUCCGCCUAGACCACUUUAAAAAAUUCACUUCGGCAGCUCGCGGACUUCGCCUUACAAAAUCAACGUUUCGCUGUAGAGAAUAAUAAUGACACACUGAAUGUCACUUUUGGGAAAGCUCAACAAGCAUUUCGGCCACAAUUCAAACGCAAAAUUCCAACAAAAUUCUUCAAAAAAAAACCACAUAGAUAGGUAGUUAAUGUUACGUGUGUUACGUUACGUUUUUAAUUGUACGUAAAUAAGUUGUAGUUACGGCCGAAGGUAAUCUCGGGGCCGUCGCGAUGUUGCAAAAAACGACCGCGGUUUAGGCCACUCCACAAUGUACGCCAUAAUGCACUCUUAGAUAAAUAGUUGAAUGUUUGUUGUUACAUAAACUACCUACAAUAGUGUUUUACAAUAGUUCUCAGUUCUCUUAAUAAAGACAUUCCAAGUGGCUUCAGCCGUAAGCGUAACGCCGACGAGAUUGCCGUAACCGCAACGCGCCCCUUCAAAAAAUUGCCACAAACCAAUUUUGGGACAGUUGCGGUUAUCGAAAGGCCGUAGUGUUAAAUUAGUUCGUAAUCUAGAAAUUUUCUUUGGUGCUUCUAUGCCCCGGGUGGACCACCCGGCCUUUUCGCUUAAUAUAUCCCCGUUUCCCCUCGUGUGAUGUGCAUUUAUCAAAUUUUGUUAAAAGCAUCACAAAUUCAAAAUCUACAUCACACACACACACACACAAAUGGCUCAAUGGUUUUCUUUUUAUUAUCAUUAAGUUUUACGUAUACACUGUUAAUGUUUGCUACAGUUUGUAAUUUUAUACUUAUUAAUCCUAGUACUUUAAUUGCUUUUAAUUAAUAAUUUAUUAUACGUAAGUCCUCUGAUAUUAUUUUACAUAUCGCCAGAUUCACAAAAUUUAAUUUAUUACCCGCAGUAUUUAGUUUAAUUAAUGUUAAGAAACAAAUUGCCAUUGUUUAAAUUUCGACUGCCAUCUUAUUUUGCUUUAUAGUUAUUUAUGUUCCUAUAUUAUACUAUUUUUGUUUGUGUAAGCUGUAGUUGCAUUACAGUCUUAAUAAAUAAUUUUUUUAGGUGUGAAUGCGAGAGAGUGACUGUUGCGAAUUUCGAUUUUUUAUCGUAAAGAGAAAAGAAAUUGUUAUCGUUGUGUUAAUUUUUGAUGUUAUCAUUUUAAAAGAGAAAACGGUAAAAAAAAAAUAAUCGAGAAAAUGUAUAUAUUACAUAUUUUUUCUAGGCAACAAAAAUGUGAAUUGAAAAUCAAAAAAAAAAUGUGUAAUUAUGCAUUUCGUAAUUAAAGGCUAAAACAAAAAAAAAGUUAGCUGUGAAACUUGAGGCAUUACGGAACAAAGAAGAAAAAUAUUGUAAUAUAAAUUUUGAGAAAAAAUUGUGUUUUAGGAAAUGGUUAAAAUGUUUUUAUUGGAAUUCAAAUUGAUGUAUGCCAUGCAUGUGUGGUUAUGUACUCUACUUAUUGGAGAAUAAACUUAAAAAUUA